AUGCUGCUGCUGCUGCACCUGCUGCCUGCCAUGCUGCCCAGCGCCGCCCUGGCCAGCUGCACCGCGGCCGGCCCCGACCGGCAGCUCGUCCUGGCCAAGGUGCGGGCCCGGGUGCUGGAACACCUGAGCCCCCCCCUGCUCCAGGAGGAGCCGCAGAUGGAAGCCAGGAGGGUGCACCGGAGAGACGUCCUUGAAAGCACCGAAGUGGAGCCAGAGGAGCUGGAGGACACCUCCCAGGUGAUCUUGUUCCCUGCCACAGAUGUUCCCUGUGAGUCCACACAGCCAGACAAGCUGCUGGAGGAAGAAGGGAUUUUCACCUACCUCUUCCAGCCCUCGGCACACACCCUGAGCCGUGCAGUGACUUCUGCCCAGCUCUGGUUUUACACGGGCCCCUCGGCCGCCCCCAACCACUCCACCCCUGACGUGCUGACCCUGUCACCUCAGGGCCGGGUGCCGGUGCCGGCCAUGGUGGAGCGGACGCCCGAGCACUGGACCGUGUUUCACCUGGCCCCGGUGCUGCUGCCCCAGCUCUGGCAGCCGCUCUUCGUGCUCCUGGUGCGCUGCCCUGGCUGCCCCUGCCUGGCUGAUGGGGACAAGAUGCCUUUCCUGGCGGCCACAACCCGGGCCAAGGGCAGCGAGAGGGCUCGUCGCUCUGCCAUGCCCUGGUCCCCAGCCGCCCUGAGCCUGCUGCAGCGUCCAUCCGAGGAGCUUGCUGCCCACACCAACUGCCGCCGGGCUUCCCUCAACAUCUCCUUCGAGGAGCUGGGCUGGGACAAGUGGAUCGUGCAUCCCAGCAGCUUUGUGUUCCACUACUGCCACGGGAGCUGCGCCGCAGGCCACGGGCUGAGCCACCGGCUGGGCGUGCAGCUGUGCUGCGCCGCCCUGCCCGGCACCAUGCGCUCCCUGCGCGUCCGCACCACCUCCGACGGCGGAUACUCCUUCAAGUACGAGACGGUGCCCAACAUCCUGGCCCAGGACUGCACCUGUGUCUAG